AUGUGCUAUCGCGCCUCACAUGAUCUAAUUCAUACCCCACUUGGUUUUAUUGUUCCUUCAUAUGGGCAUAAUCAUGCAUUAACUCGUCAGCAGCAUUAUGGGUUUUAUCGAGAUGGCUUGAAAGCGCCUAAACAGUUUCCCUUAAUCUUUGAUUUUCUUGAGCAUACUGAGCUAACUAAUCUGCCGCUGGUGGGCCAGGUGGGGCUCGGGGCGGAUCUGGUCCGGCUCGACGGAAGCGCGAUGUGCUCGCCGGGAUUCUCGUGCGACUCGGCCCUGCAGGUGACCUACAUAGUGAAAGGCAGCGGGCGGGUUCAGGUGGUGGGCGUGGACGGGAAGAAGGUUCUGGAGGCGACGUUGAAGGGAGGGAAUCUGUUCAUAGUGCCCAGAUUCUUCGUGGUGUCGAAGAUUGCAGAUCCGGAGGGGAUGGAGUGGUUCUCCAUAAUCACAACUCCCAAUCCAGUCUUCACCCAUCUCGCCGGAAGCAUUGGGACUUGGAAGGCUCUCUCGCCGGAGGUUAUUCAGGCCUCCUUCAAUGUCGAUCCUGACUUACAGAAGCGCUUCUCCUCCAAGAGGACUGCUGACGCCAUCUUCUUCCCUCCAACUUCAUCCAAUUAGUUUCUUUCCAACUUCUCAUUCAUGCGUUUUCCCUUUGUACAAAUUAGGAUACACUUCUUUUGUUCUUUUCUUUCCUUUGUUUUUUAUGCUACGGGGUUCUUCUUCUGCUGCCUAAUUUGGUGGUUGCUUUUUAGUACUUUCGACUCUUUUUAUUUCAAUAAAUAUUGGCAAAUUUUGUUUU